AUGGCACCACGCGCCUCGUCCUCCCGGCCAUCCUCAUCCUCAUUCUUCCCGAACUCAUUACUCACACUCACAUUCCUCGGCCUCUUCCUCCUCUCAUCCCUCCCACUCCAAGCCCAAGCGAUCAAAUUCUCCCUCCCCGCCUCUCGCUACCCCGCCUCCAAAUGCAUCUGGAACUCGGUCCACGACAACCAGCUCGUGAUCGUCACCGCCAACGUCAGCCCCGGGCCCAACCAGCGCGUGGACAUCGAAAUUGUCGACUCGAGUCCCGCUAAGAAUGUGUAUUUGAAUAAGAAGGGGAUUAAGGGUGAGACGAGGUUGGCGGUGACGACGCAUGCGGAGGGUGAGGUUGGUGUGUGUUUGAAGAAUACGAUUGAGGGUACUGUCUCGGGCACGCAGUCGCUGGCGAGGAUCGUGGAUUUGGACGUGGAUAUCGGUGCAGAUGCUGUUGACUACAAUGCCAUCGCCAACCAAGAAUCCCUCUCAGGCCUCGAAACCGAGAUGCGCAAAAUCGAGGGUGUCAUCAAGGAACUCAUCGACGACAUGACCUAUAUCAAAAAACGGCAAGAACGGUUCACGAAGACGAACAUCUCGACAAGCAGACGAGUCCACAACUUUGCAUGGUUCACCAUUUUCGCGUUGACUGCUUUGGGAGUGUGGCAGGUCCUCCAUCUUCGAUCUUACUUUAAGCGAAAGUACCUUAUCGACUAG